CCGCGCCUCCCUCCCCGCGCCCGCCCCUCGCUCCGCCGCCGCCGCACCUGCCCGCGCCCCCGCCGACAACUUUCCCUGCCUGUUGCGCGCAGCGAGCUCCGUGCCCGGCGGUCACUGCCAUGGGCGCCGCGGAGCAGCGCCACGGGUAGGCGGCCCGCGGGGGUCGGGCCGGGAGCGCUGCCAAGGCUCUCCGCCCUCGCCUCGCUCCGCCGCAGCGAUCGCUGCCCCGCGCUCGGCGAGCAUGGAGGUGCAGCUGGGGGUCGGGCGCGUCUACCCGCGACCGGCGGGCAGGACCUUCCGCGGGGCUUUUCAGAGCUUCUUCCAGAGCGUCUGCGACGCUUUCCAGCCGCCGCGAGAGGAGCCGGGCUCCGGGCAGCCGCCGCCAAACGCGCCCUGCCCGCCGAGUCCCCGGCCGCCGCCGGAGUCCCCCGCCUGCCUGCCGCCCCCGGCCGCCUGCCUGCCGGCCCCCGAGCCCCGCGCCGCCGCCAAGGCGCUGCCGGCCGCCGGCCCCGCCAUGGGCUCGUCCUUCCCCUGCGCCGGAGAGCUGCGGGAGCUGCUGGGCGAGGCGGGUGCGAUGCCGCUGCUGCCGCCGCCCGAGACCGAGCCGGCGGACAAGGAAGACCCGCUGGGCGACAGCGCCCGGCAGCUGUGCCGCGCCGUGUCCGCCUCCAUGGGGCUGGCGCUGGAGGCGCUGGAGGCUCCGGCCGAGGCGCUGCCCCGCGAGGACUGCAUGUUCGCCGUGCCCGCCGGGCCGCCCCGCGCCCCGCGCCCGCCCGCCCGCGACCCCUCGCCCGCCUUCGAGGCCGCCCUGGCCGCAGAGCCGCCCCCCGGGCCGGGGCUGCCCCGCGGCUUCGGCCGCGUCAAGCUGGAGAGCUCGGCGGGGCCGGCCGCGGGCGGCGGCUGGGGCGGCCCGUGUCGCUUCGGGGCCGAGCUGGGCCCGCCGGGCCCCGCGCCCCCCUGGCCCACCUUCUUCGCCGAGGAGGGGCAGCUCUACGGGCCGUGCCCCGAGCCGCCCCCCGGGCCCGCCGACUGUCCUGCCGAUGCCUGGUACCCACCGGGCCGGGCGCCUUUCGCCGUCCCCGCUCCCGGCAUCAAGAGCGAGUUGGAGCCCUGGGUCGAGGGUUACGCCGGCGCUUACGGCGACCUCCGGUUGGAGGCUGGCCGUGACCAUGUCCUGCCCAUUGACUAUUACUUCCCACCUCAGAAGACCUGUUUGAUCUGUGGAGAUGAAGCGUCCGGGUGCCAUUACGGAGCCCUCACAUGUGGGAGCUGCAAAGUGUUCUUCAAACGGGCAGCUGAAGGUAAACAGAAGUACCUCUGUGCCAGCCGGAACGACUGCACCAUCGACAAGUUCCGAAGGAAAAACUGUCCCUCCUGCCGCCUGCGGAAAUGCUACGAGGCUGGGAUGACUCUCGGAGCUCGCAAGCUGAAGAAGCUGGGUAACCUGAAGGCACAGGAUGACAUGGAGGGAGCCAGCUCAUCCAGCCCCACGGAGGAGCAAGCUCCCAAGCUGGUGAUGACACGCAUUGACGGCUACGAGUGCCAGCCCAUCUUCCUCAACGUCCUGGAGGCCAUCGAGCCUGGUGUGGUGUGUGCUGGCCAUGACAACAGUCAGCCUGACUCCUUCUCCAACCUGCUGACCAGCCUGAAUGAGCUCGGGGAGCGGCAGCUGGUCUACGUGGUCAAAUGGGCAAAGGCCCUGCCAGGAUUUCGCAACCUGCAUGUGGAUGACCAGAUGUCAAUAAUCCAGUACUCUUGGAUGGGCCUGAUGGUGUUUGCUAUGGGGUGGAGAUCCUUCACCAAUGUCAAUUCCAGGAUGCUUUACUUCGCUCCAGACCUGGUCUUCAAUGAGUACCGCAUGCACAAAUCCAGGAUGUACAGCCAGUGCAUCAGGAUGCGGCACCUCUCCCAGGAAUUUGGGUGGCUUCAGAUCACACCCCAGGAGUUCCUCUGUAUGAAGGCUCUCCUCUUCUUCAGUAUUAUUCCAGUGGAUGGCCUGAAGAACCAGAAGCUCUUCGAUGAGCUCCGCAUGAAUUACAUUAAGGAACUUGACCGUAUCAUUGCCUGCAAGAGGAAGAACCCCACCUCCUGCUCCCGGAGGUUUUACCAGCUCACCAAGGUCCUGGACUCCGUGCAUCCGAUUGCCAAGGACCUGCAUCAGUUUACAUUUGAUCUCCUAAUCAAGGCACACAUGGUGAGCGUGGACUACCCAGAAAUGAUGGCCGAGAUCAUCUCUGUGCAGGUUCCCAAGAUCCUGUCUGGAAAAGUCAAGCCUAUCUACUUCCACGCACAGUGAUCUUUCAGAGGGACCCCCGUGCUGCCACCCCCAUUCCAGCCAUCUCCUGCCUGUUACUUCUGCACUACUGUCCUGCAGUGCCUUGGGGAAUCCCUCUGCGGUGGUGGCCAAGGGGACAGGCAGUGACAGACCUGCUGGGAUUCCUGAGAUUACUAUUUUCCUGAGGUACCUCUGAAAUGAACCCCUGGCACCAGCCUCUGCCUGGCUCCAGCUGCUCACGGUGCUGGAUGGGGGCAGGCAGGGCAGCGGCACCACGUCUGAGUGUUCUCCUGUGUCACUGUGACUCCAGCAGCCCAGGGCCACGGGACAGCAGGAGAAGUGCCAGCUGUUGGUGGGUUUUGGGUGAUUUUUAUAAAAAGAACACAACA